AACUCGAGUAGGCAAGGAAAAGGAACAAACUCCUUUCUGGCAGAGGAUCAAAAGAAAACAAAAUCAUGGCGGCAUAAAAUAAUCGUCUUCGAAUCAGUGUGGGAGUUCUCUGCAAGAGGAAAAUUCCGUUCCCUGUUGUUGUUGUUGCGGUGUCAAGAUCAGAUGGUGGCUCACAAUCCAAUGUUGCACACCGCAGUCGUCCCCACAUACUCUUUUCCAUUUUAGUAAUACCCCAUUGACCAUACUAGCCCCCCUCUCUCUACGUCACCUCAGGUUUUCCGUUCUCCAAAGAAUCCCAUCUUUAACGUCGCCUUCCUUCCUCUCUCUCUCUCUCUCACACACACACACACUCUCUGGUUUUAAACCUUUUAGGAGAGAGAAAACUGAGGUCCAGCAGAAAAGCUAUUCUCUUAAAUAACUUUGUCAACACAGUUGCUCCUCCAGAUGGUUCUCUUCUUCUGUUAAUCUUACGUUUGUGAAAUCGGAAAAAAGAAGGACGACCCAUCUCCGACUUUCUUCUCUUGCUGUUUCUGGUUAACGAUUUUUGUCAUCCUCCUUUUCCUUUUCUUCUUCUGUCUUUGGUUUUAGAUGGCCAUUGUUCAGAAAGCCAUAGAUUCCGAUCAUGACUUCGUUCAGCACAAUCCCAUCAACCACCAACACCUCCAUCAGCAGCUCUCGGAUGACAAGGCCGACCUCAAGCGGGACAUGCAGAAUCUGGUGGAUUUGCUGUCCAAAUUGAACCCUUUUGCGGAAGAGUUUUUCCCCUCUUCCUACGCCGAUCAUCGGUCCCACUCGAACGAUGCCGUCGAAACAACAAAGGAUUCCGACGCCAACUUCUCGGGAACUUUCCGAAAGAGGAGAAACAACUAUAAUCCACUGUCAAGAAGGUUGAGUGGGAGAGCACCAAGAGCUCAAAGAGAAGAUUGCAUCAGGCGGACAGUAUAUGUAUCAGACAUUGACCAACAUGUUACAGAAGAGCAGCUUGCUGACUUGUUUAACGGUUGUGGAGAGGUACUCGAUUGCCGUAUUUGUGGCGAUCCUCAUUCAGUUCUUCGGUUUGCAUUUGUAGAAUUUGCUGACGAGAAAAGUGCAAAAGCAGCCCUGAACCUUGCAGGCACAAUGCUAGGGUAUUAUCCUGUAAGAGUUUUACCUUCAAAAACAGCAAUUUUACCUGUAAAUCCCACUUUCCUUCCAAAGUCUGAAGAUGAAAGGGAGAUGUGUGCACGCACAGUUUAUUGUACAAAUAUUGAUAAGAAGGUUUCUCAAGCAGAUAUCCGAAUUUUUUUUGAGUUGUACUGUGGUAAGGUUUCACGUUUGAGGCUUUUAGGAGAUCAUGUCCACUCAACUCGUAUUGCUUUUGUUGAGUUUGUGUUGGCACAGAGUGCAAUGAAUGCACUAAAUUGUAGUGGAGUCAUACUAGGUUCACGGCCAAUCAGAGUAAGUCCAUCAAAGACGCCUGUGAGGCCUCGUGUAGCUCGCACAUCCAUGCACUAUCAGUAGUUAGUAUGCAGGAAGCUAACUUAAUUCUUCAUGAGGGGCUUGGAAAAGUUUUCUCCGAUCUUUAUCUCAAAGUGCCAUUUUUUUUGGCAGCAGCAUUUUUCUUUUUUCUUUUUUUUCUUUUUCCUCAGGUAACAACUUGUUGCUUUUAUUAUGAACUUCUAUGUCUAUUAGCUAUGACGCUUAUACAUUGUGAAUAUGAUGGGAUGAACUUGAGAAGAAGCUGAGAGACAUUUUUUUUCUUUGUC